GUUAUAGUGUGAAGCUACGCAUAAAGUAUGAACGCUGCAUUAGCCAGACGAAUACUUACCGAAGUUAAGCUACCAGGUGACAAGAAGGACCAGUAUAGCCUGAUAUCAUUAAAGAAAGCAGAUAGGCAGCGAUUUAUCAAGUUGUGCCACGAUGAAGAAGAUGCUAAAAUAUGUGCAAGUAUUGAGAUUCAGCGAACAUGGAGAGGUCACAGAACCAGAUGCAAUGUCUGGUCGAUACUGCAUCCGAAAGCCAGCCGGGAAGCUUUGCAUCCACACAGCCGGUUGGAGGACCGGCUUAACGACGUAGCGACGCCCACCCCGACAGCGUCGCCGACAAAGACGGAUGGCAGACUGGCGCUGGAGCGGAGAUACGAGGGCUACGUGCGUGUGUGGCAGAGCCAGCCGAGCAAGCGUGGCAAUAUGUUUAAGUGA